AUGGAGUCUGUACACGAACCCUGUGAAUACACCAACAACACAGCGGAGAACCAUGCUCAUCAGCUUGAUGAGACGCCAGCUCCUGGUGAGACUGAUGGAGGGAGAAAGAAGGCAGGGAGAGAGGAGAAAAAGAAGUGCUUCUGGAGGUGGCCGUUUGGUCUUGAUGAGACUGAUGGAGGGAGAAAGGAGACAGGAAUAGAAGAGAAAAAGAAGUGCUUCUGGAGGUGGCCCGCUCUCGCUCUCCGCUUUCCUUGCCGCAGAACUGCAAAACGCAACCUGGUUAAGGCUGAGAAGAAGCGCAAGCGUGUGGCGGGAACAUCUCGCAGACAUGACAAGGGAACAGUCCCAUUUAUAACAAAGAACCACAGUUACAUUUUGAGGUGUUAUAAAAUCGGUCCCAAGCUAGGUAAAGGAGGAUUUGGUUUGGUGUACGCCGGGACUCGCCGCAAGGAUGGACUCAAGGUUGCUGUGAAAUUUUCAUUGAAGCCACCAAACAUGCCAUAUAUCACAGUGCCUGGUCAUCCCAAACGCCUCCCCUUGGAGAUUGGCCUGACACUUACGGCCAAUAAAUGCCCCAGAUCCCCUCAAAUCAUUAAACUGCUGGACUGGCAGGAAUACACUGACCACUACAUCAUGGUCAUGGAGCGGCCCUUGCCUUGCAUGGACUUGCUUAGUUUCAUGGAGCUCCACGGAGGAACCCUUAACGAGGACACGGCACGACAUGUUAUGCGGCAGGUCAUUCGUGCUGCUAACGUUUGCUGUGAGAAUGGUGUCUACCAUCGGGACAUCAAACCAGAGAACCUGCUGGUCAAUCAGGACACCAUGGAGGUGAAACUGAUUCACUUCGGUUGCGGUGCUCUCAUGAAAGAAUCGGCCUUCAAAUUCUUCUGUGGCACAAGAGAGUACAUUCCUCCAGAGUUCAAGCUUACUGGCAAAUACCAUGCCAAGCCGAUGACAGUGUGGUCACUUGGGAUCCUGCUGUUUGAAAUGGUGUGCGGGGAUUUUCCCACAGCCAAGGACCUGUACAUGACCGCUGCCAACAUCUGGACCAAACCAGGCCUGUCACAAGAAUGCUGCAAACUGAUUUGUGAUUGUCUGCAGCCUAUGCCAAAGAAGAGACUCACUCUGGAGAAGAUGCAUCUCCAUGACUGGUUUAAGGUCAUGGAUGAAAUCAUGGAGAGAACAUCAGAAAACGACACCUGUCACGGCCACCCUUGA